AUGAAUCGCCUCUUUAGACUCACCAGGUUUUCUUUUACUCUCUCCACUCGGAUUCCCACCCUUGGAUUCUCCAGGUCCUGCGCCACUAUCGCGACAAUGGAGUCGCUGAAGCUGCACAACUCGUUGAAGCCCGGCCAGCCGGUGCCCUUUUCGCCAAUCAACCCGGGAAAGGUUUCUUGGUACGCCUGCGGGCCUACCGUAUAUGACAAGAGCCAUCUGGGCCAUGCGCGCAACUAUGUCUCAACUGACAUUAUCCGGCGCAUCAUGAUCCACUACUUUGGGGCCGAUGUGAAGUUUGUCAUGAACAUCACUGAUGUUGACGACAAGAUCAUCAUCAAGGCUCGGAGACAACGUCUGCUCGAACUCGAGAAGCAGAAGAAAUACGCCCAAGACGAGCUUGCCAAGCUUGCGCUGACAGCAUUCCGCGCUUACGCCGAAAAGAGCUUGCCUCUCCUCCAAUCUUCCGACCUCGACGAGAACAACUACCUCGAGCGAAGAGAUGGCGCAUACGGCAAGGUGCUCGCGGGUGGCACCCUCACCGGAGAGGGCAAGCCCGGCGAUGACGAGGCCAAGACGAAGAUGCACAUCGCCAACAUGGACGCCGCCGUGUUUGCGAUCAAGGACAAGAAGUUCUACCCCGGCAUCGACGAGAUCCUCCUGCCCUACCUCGACUCCCUCUACAAGGAGACCAUCGACACGAGCGACCAGACCAUCUUCACCGACCUGACGCAGAGCAUGGAGCGCGAGUUCUUCGACGACAUGGACGCCCUCAACUGCCUGCGCCCCGACGUCAUCACACGCGUCACCGAAUACGUGCCCCAGAUCGCCGACUACGUGGCGCGCAUCGUAGACAAGGGAUUCGCCUACGAGUCUGAUGGCUCCGUCUACUUCGACAUCACGGCUUUCGAGAAGGCCGGCAACACAUACGCGCGCCUGCGCCCGGGCAACCGCAACGACAAGUCGCUGCAGGAGGACGGAGAGGGCGCCUUGUCCAAGAACCUGGGCGAGAAGCGCAACGAGGGCGACUUUGCGCUGUGGAAGAAGUCCAAGAAGGGAGAGCCCUACUGGGACAGCAGAUGGGGCCAGGGCCGCCCCGGCUGGCACAUUGAGUGCUCCGUCAUGGCCUCGGACGUUCUCGGCGCGCAGAUGGACAUCCACUCGGGCGGUGUCGAUCUGGCCUUCCCUCACCACGACAACGAGUUGGCCCAGAGCGAGGCCUACUACGUCGACAACACCAAGGGAGAGCACACAUGGGUCAACAACUUCCUGCACAUGGGACAUUUGUCCAUCUCCGGAUCCAAGAUGUCCAAGUCCCUGAAGAACUUCCAAACCAUCCAGGACGCGCUCGCGACGACGUACACCUCGAGGGGAAUGCGCAUCGUGUUCCUCAUGGGCAAGUGGAACGACGGCGUCGAGAUCUCCCCCGACAUGAGAGCCCAGGCGUCCAGCUGGGAGGCCACCAUCAACAAUUUCUUCACCAACGUCAAGGCCCUCGUCGCGGAUGCCAACUCAUCGACCCCCGGUGUUGAGUCCCUGUCGAUUUCCGAUAAGCCGACUGGCGCCCUGGCGGCCGAGCUCGACAAGGCCAAGACGGACCUGCACACCGCCCUCAGCAACUCUUUUGAUACCCCCCAGGCGAUGCGCGCGAUCCAGGAGCUGGUCAGCGAGGCGAACAAGGUGGUCGUGUCGCAGGAGGCCGAGGCGAACCUGCCGGCGCUCGUCGCCGUUGCGCGGUGGAUCACCAAGAUCCUCGGCACCUUUGGCCUUGAUGAAAACGCCACGGCGCCGUACGACGGCCUCGGCUGGGCUGCACCCGCGUCGAACGCGAGCCUGGACCCCAAGACUGUCGUGCAGCCGUACGCCGCCGUGCUCCAGACGGUCAAGUCGGACGUUGAAGCACUCAACAUCGCCGCCGAGUCUGUUUCGCAACUGCUGGGCCAAACCCCCGAGGCCGAAUUCUCGUCUCUCGCCGACAAGGGCGUGCGCGACCCCGAGCAGCUGGCGCUCCCCUAUCUCAGGGCGGCCUCGAGGCUGCGUGACGAGCUCCGACGCAUCGUGUCGACGGUGUCUCCCGAGACGAAGAAGGCCAUCCUCUCGCUCACGGACCGGAUCCGUGACGAGGACUUUACGAACCUGGGUGUCUACCUCGACGACCGGCCGGACGGCAAGUCGUCUCUGAUCAAGUUCGUGCCGGCGAGCGAGCUGAUCGCGGCGAGGAACGAGAAGUUGGCCAAGGAGGCCGAGAAGGCACGGGCCAAGGAGGAGGCGAAACGGGCGCGCGAGCAGGCGGAGCGGGAGAAGUGGGAGAAGGCCAAGCUGCCGCACACGGAGAUGUUCAAGGGCGACGACAAGUACGGCGAGUGGGACGGCGAGGGCCUGCCGACGAAGCUCAAGGACGGCAGCGACGUGCCCAAGAGCCAGCUCAAGAAGCUGCAGAAGCAGUGGCAGAGCCAGAAGAAGGCGCACGAGGAGUAUCUGGUCAAGUUUGGGGGUAAAUCAUAG